UGGUCAUAUUUGCAUUAUCUCAAGUAGCGCUUUACUUUGCCGUAAAGUUUAUUCUCAAUUCACUUGAUCCUCUCAAAGAGAAGAAGAAAGAAGCUAAAGCUAAAAGUGAGGAACAGGCUCGAAAUUUAAAAUUAAACGAAUAUGAGGAAGUGAUCUUAUCAGAAGUAAUCUUUUCUGAUGAAAUAACAGUUGACUUCAAACGAAAAGAAACAUCUGAUCAAUUUUUUUCAUUAAUAUUAGAAAUUGGCGGUCUUGAUCCAAUCAUCCAAUCUCUCCGUGAGUCUGUUAUAUAUCCAUUAUGUUAUCCACAAUUGUUUACUUCAACGUCGGGACUAUUGGGCGUCCCCAAAGGAGUAUUGCUCCAUGGACCACCAGGGUGUGGUAAGACUAUGCUUGCUAAAGCCCUAGCCCGGGAAUCCGGUGCUACUUUUAUAAACCUUCAUGUUUCGACGUUGACAGAUAAAUGGUUCGGAGAAUCAAAUAAAUUAGUCGCUGGAGUUUUCUCUGUCGCUAAAAAGCUUCAGCCAUGCAUCAUUUUCAUUGAUGAAAUUGAUGCUUUUUUGAGGGAGAGACGAAGUAACGAUCAUGAGGUUACUGGAAUGAUGAAGGCUGAAUUUAUGAGUUUAUGGGAUGGCCUUACGACAAAUGAAAACACACGAAUAGUCGUUCUUGGUGCCACUAAUAGACCAAAUGAUAUUGAUUAUGCAAUUCUUCGUCGCAUGCCCAAACGUUUUGCGAUUCGGUUACCCAAUGAUGAACAAAGAAGAAAUAUUCUCGAGAUUAUGUUACAGGAUCAGAACUUGGAGGAAAAUUUUGAUUUUGAUCAACUAGUGUCUCAAACGGCUAACUUUUCUGGAAGUGAUUUGAAAGAAGCAUGCCGGAAUGCCGCUAUGAUUCCGAUCAGAGAAUAUAUGCGGGAACAUGCUACUCCAGAUGGCGAAUUGAAGGAUAUUGAUCCAAAGGAAAUUAAUAUUCGGGCUUUAAGAUUUACGGACUUUUUUGUUUCAGACAACUCAAAUGGUAAUAGCGCAAAUGGUAGCAUAGCAUCCAUAUUUAAUAAAAACAUUACUCUUCAAAGUCAAGAAUUUUAA